CGGUGACUGCGUGUAUGCCGCGGUGCUUGAACGUUUUUCUUCGUCUUUCGCGUCGACAGAAGUAAGCAAGUGCAUAACCGAAACUAAAAAACAACAACAACAACAACAACAACAACAGCACCAACAAGAAAAGAGACCGGAAGUGUGAGGAAAAAAAAAUAAACAAUGACCAGAAAAAAACGUUGAAAUAAUGUGUUCGAUUCGGCCGAAACGUUAAGUGCUGAAGGAUGUUCAGUUUGACCUCGAGAGCGCGCUGAGAUCACUGAAAGCUUCAGGAACCAGAGCAGAGAUGGUGGAACAACACUUCUGCUUGCGGUGGAAUAACUACCGCACCAACAUAACAGCGGAGUUUGAAACCUUGCGGGAGGGGGAGCACUUCGUGGAUGUGACCUUAGCAUGUGACGGCCAGCAGCUCAAGGCCCACAAGGUCGUCCUCUCAGCGUGCAGCCCUUAUUUUAAGGAGCUAUUACAGGGGAAUCCAUGCACGCAUCCGAUCAUAAUUCUACGUGACGUGGCAUAUACACACAUGAGGAGCUUACUGGAGUUCAUGUAUGCAGGGGAAGUGAACAUUUCACAAGUUCAGCUGGGUGCCUUCUUACACACUGCCGAAGCCCUUAAGAUCAGGGGCCUGGCCGAGUCCUCUGAUGAACGCAAAGAACAGGGAGGGUUAAACAGCAUAUCUCCCUUAUCAGCCCUGAAGUCCUCCCUUAGCGGGUUGGGCAACAUUGCAAUGGGUGGCUUAGGUGCACCAUCAAUUCUAGAGAGGCCUCUAGUGCCCCAGCUGUUACCUCACCAUCCAGACAAACAAGGAAACCCCCUGACAGCGCCUCACCACCUGCCCCCCCACCUGGUGCCUCCUCCUCUAUCCCUGCCAGGCGGCACCCAUCCAACGCCAUCACAAGGGGUGACUGGCGGUCCCACCAGUAGCAGCAGCAGUAGCAGCACGAGCUGCAGUGUGACCGGCAUACCCUCGGGACCUCUCCCCCUAACCACAACCUCGCAGCCCAGCGAGCGCCCUCCCCGCCCAGAAGCGCCAGAACACUCUCCCUCGCCGCCCCCUCCCUUGCCUCCCAGCAAAAGGAUCCGUGUGGAGAGGAAGAGCCCACUUGACCCUCCCCCUGAAAAGAACAACCACAGAGACUCUACCAACGGCACUACCUCCUCUUCUACCCUAACCACCACUACAACCACUCUGUCUAAUGAAGAAAAUAGCCAAACUGUACUCAAGACUGAGCCAAUAGAUGGUGGAAUGUCUGAUGCAGAAGGUGGAUGGUGUGGCCAAGAGGAAGGUGACAGCAGUAGUGGGGGAGGUGGUGGAGGUGGGUAG